CCAGCGGCCGCGCACUGUCGAGUCGGGCAAGGCCACCAGCCUCCAGUUCCCACACGCACCGCGACCGCGCCCUGCGCCCGCGCGCCUCGCCCGCCUCCUCCCCUCGCUCCCUCGCUCGCCGACCUCUGCCCAAACGGGACGAGCGCGGCCCCCGCCCGCCCCGCCCGCAACCAAGCCCGCGCGCAACCUCCCCAGCUCGGCAGGACACGUCGCGCACCUUCGGAGCCGAGCGAGGCAGGCGUGCUUGCAACGGUCGACGCGGUCGCACCUUCCUCUUUCCCGCCCUCUCGAGCCCCCGGCACCAGCGGCAGCCGUCGCUCUCGUCGCUCCGUCUCUCCUUCCACCCCGUCCGUUCCUCGUUUUGGGAGGUGCGCCCGCGCGAGAUCAGUACCACCCGCGACGAGCGACAAAGCACGCCCGCCAUGGACGCGUCGCCCGCACCCGCCUCGGCGUCGCCUGCGCCCCCUCCUGCGCCGCACGCCGGCCCAUCGUCCCAGCCCUACCUCGCCCAGCCCGGCGCGUUCGCCCAGCAGCCCCACGCCAACCCUUCGCCCGUCUCGCCCGGCGCGCCCCUCCCCGACUCUCAGCAGCAGGGCGGCGCGCCCCCUCCUCCCACCUCGCUCGACUACCCGUCCACCUCCUCGUCCUCGCUCCUCCCCGCCGUCUCGGUCGAGUCGCCCGCCGACUCGUCCUCUGCGCCGGCGGCCAACGCGCCGACCACGCGCUCGUCGACGCGGCCGCAGCGAGGCGCCGCGCCGGCCAUCGUCGCGUUCGACCCGACCGCCGACGGCUCGGACGACGACGACGACGACGACGGCGCUGCGCCCAAGAAGAAGCAGCGCACGACGGCUCGCGCUCGCGGUGCGGCGGCGAGUACGGCGACCGUGGCUGGCGGCGGCGGCGGCGGUGCGGCGAGCGGCGGGAGCGGCAGCGGCGCCGAGGGACCAGGUGAGGCGGCGGGCGAGGGCGUCGACCCGGACAAGGGCAGGAGGAAGAUCGAGAUCGAGUACAUCCAGAAGAAGGAGAAGCGGCACAUCACGUUUUCGAAGCGCAAGGCGGGCAUCAUGAAGAAGGCCUACGAGCUCGCGACGCUCACGGGCACCGAGGUGCUGCUCCUCGUCGUGUCCGAGACUGGCAUCGUCUACACCUUCACGACGACCAAGUUCCAGCCUCUCGUCGGCGCCAACCCCGACGGCUCGCCGAGCGAGGGCCAGAGGCUGAUCCAGCGUUGCCUGGCCGUCGACCCUGACGAGGAGUCGACGAGCAACUACAUCUCGCCGCCGCCCGACGGCCCGCUGUUGCCGCUCCCGCCCGCCGCGCAAAAGCGCCCGUUCGAGGCCAACUCGAAGCAGCACGGCGGCCAGAUCGCGCUCCGCACCCGCCAACAGCGUCCUCGCACCAAAGCCCGCCCGGCGCCGAUCGUCCCGCCUGCGCCGUCGGGCUCGUCGUCGCUGCCGACGCCGACGAUUCACGGCGCCAUGGACCAGAUGCAGCAGAUGCCGCCGUCGCCGCACCGGGUCCACCCGCUCAACCAGGCGCCGCCGGGCUCGCUCGCCGACUACCCGCCGUCGCCGGGCUACGGGCAGCCGCGGUCGGGCAUGGGGAGCGAGCUGCCGUCGCCGAUGCACCCGCCGCGCGAGUACCAGGACAUGAUGGAGCACCCGGGCAUGAACGGGCGGUACGCGCCGUCGCAGGCGUACCCUCCCCCGCCAGCACUCGGCUACACGCACCAGCUCCCGAACCCGAACCGCCCUCCUCAUCCGCUAGACCCGUACCCUCACCCGCAUCACUCGCCGAGCUCGUCGCCCCGCCAGCCUCGUCACCUCCCGCCGCCGCCGGGCCACUACCAGUCGGCGGCGCCGCGGUCGGUCCAGGACCCGUACGCGGCGCAGCGCGCGCACUACGGCGAGCCGCCGCCCGGGCAGGAGGACAUGCACAUGCUGUCGCCGCAGCACCAGCACCUGCCGCCGCCGCCGCCGCACCUGCAGCACAUGAGCAACCAGCCGCCGCCGGGCAUGGGCCUGCCGCAGCCGCCGCCCGAGCUGUACAUGCAGCACGCGCCGCAGCAGCACCAGGGCGGCGGGCCGCAGGGGCACCCGGGCCAGCAGCAGCAGCAGCAGGGGCAGAUGUACGACAGCGGGCAGCAAGACACGUACAUGCGCCGGUGAGGAGCGAGCAGGGCUCGUCUCGAGGGAGGAGGAGGUUCGAGGGACUCGGGGGCGAGGCGCUUCUUUGCCAAUCGCUUUAAUCGUUGCA